GCCACUGCCACUGCAUCUGUCGCUCGGCGAUCGCCACUGCCACCGGCCCGCGUGUACCGCGAAGGCGAGUUCCGGCACGCGGCAACGCAACUCUGGCCACCGCCGAAAGUGCUGGGGGUCACUUGAACACGUGGGGAUGCAAGUAGUUGACGACAAAGGGAGAACGAGACAAGCUCCGUCAUGUACUUCCGGUAUAAUACGGAAUACGUGUUGCCUGGCGAUGGUGUCCCAGCUGGAUGGCAGGUGGAGAGGCAGCCUGCGCAGCCUCCUCAAACUUCUGCUGCUCCUCCAUCUGUGGUGCAAGCACAACCUCCUCCCUCGUCCCAAGCCCCUUCUGCCUCUGGCCCUGUGCCACCUACCCAACAACCGCAGUCACAAGCACCCCCGCAGCCUCAACCCCCAUCCUCACAGCCCCAACCCCCAGGUCCUCCACCCCAGCAGCAGCCCCAGCCGCAAUCCCAACAGCCACCUGUUCCCUCUGCGACACAGGGACCAUCUGCAUCUUUGGACCUCCUGCGUGAAGGCCCUCCUAGGCAGAGGAUAUCUCUGCUAUCACAGGACGCAUGGAGUCCCAUGGCACGCAGCCGUUUUGCCCAGGCAGAGCCAUAUAGGGAACCAAUGGGCUCGACUCUGGUGUCAGGAGGCAACACUGCUGUGCAAUUGGACCCUGGUGGCCAACCCUUCAAAAAGAUCAAGCUGGUGGGAGAGGUGAAACCUGAAGUUCAGCAACCUCUACGGGUGGACACUAGGGGGCAGCCAGGAGCAUACACUCCACAGGUCGAAGCUAUUUCUCCUACCUUGCCCUCUGAUUCAAUGCAAGAAGAUGCUGCAUUUCGUACCACCAAGGAUGAUCUUCUACAGCAAAUAGCUAAAGUUGAUCGUGAGAUUGCCAAAGCGGAGUCUCAGAUUUCUAAGCUGAAAAAGAAGCAGCAAGAAUUGGAGGAGGCAGCAAGUAAACCAGCUAUUAAGAAAGAGGAGGAGGAAACAUCUCAGCCAAAGCACCAGAGUCCUGCACAGAAAAUUUAUGCAGAAAACAGGAAGAAAGCUCAGGCUGCCCAUGCCAUGUUGGAAAAGUUAGGGCCAAAAGUGGAACUUCCCCUGUAUAACCAGCCGUCUGAUACUGUGGUAUAUCAUGAGAACAAAAGAAGGUACCUGACAUUCAAGAGCCGUCUCAUGGAGUAUUUCAAGAGGAAGCAUGCAGAACGUGAGAGUCGAGAAAAGUACCUGACUUCUACCUAUUCCCGCCUCAUGCAGGAAUGGUUGAGGAAAGUGGAGAAAAUGGAAGCAUUAAAUCGACGGAAGUUCCGGGAGACAAGAAAUCGUGAAUUUUUUGAGAAAGUCUUUCCUGAGCUGCGGAAACAACGUGAAGAUCGUGAGCGAUUCAGUCGUGUUGGUGCUCGUGUGAAGAGUGAGGCAGAUCUAGAAGAAAUAAUGGAUGGCCUGCAAGAACAAGAGAUGGAGGACAAGAAAAUGCGUUCUUAUGCUGUUGUUCCACCUAUUUUGUUGGAUCCUAGACAACGAAGGAUUACAUAUGCCAACAACAAUGGUCGAAUUGAGGACUUUGAAGCAGAGUACAAAGAACGGCAGCUGCUGAAUGUGUGGACUCCAGCAGAAAAAGAAGUAUUUAAAGAGAAAUACCUUCAACACCCUAAAAACUUUGGAGUAAUAGGUUCUUAUUUAGAUCGCAAAAGUGUGUGUGAUUGUGUGCAGUACUAUUAUCUAAGUAAGAAGACUGAAAACUAUAAACAGUUAUUGCGCAAAUCACGUCAGCGUACACGUUCUUCUCGUAAUAAUCCUCACGGCAAACCAUCAGGUGCUUCGCAAAAUAAUCUACCAGAGAUUUUGAGUUCAGGUGUUACAACUAGGCUGCAGCGUGAGCAGCAACAGAAACAGGAGCAACCGAACAAUAGUGUUGCGAAUGUGACUUCAUCAGCAUCUAGCAGCCUAACGACAACUGCCUCUAGUUCAAGUUCAAACACUAGUUGUGUGACAUCGAGCACAACAACAGCUACAUCAGUUUCUUCAGUCACCACCGUCACCUCGUCAACAUCAUCGAAUUCUAGUGAAGUGAAUCAGGUUGUUGCGUCAUCAGCUACAAGUACUUCGACAACUACGACAACUACAGUGACCACUGCCACUACAACUACAACGCCUUCCACAACGUCAACAUUUGUUACAAUUACAACAUCAACUGUGUCUUCAGUACCUUCACCAGCUCCUUCUACGUCAUUGCCAUGCUCGUCAACCUCUGCUUCCACUUACGUAUCCAGUAAUGUAUCCAGUAAUGUAUCCAGUGGUGUGCUAACAAGUGGAAACAAUACUGUCACUGUGGCGAUUGGCACACCUAUUACCAGCACAACAUCUAGCAACACUAAUAAUAGUAUUCUGAGUAAUGACAAUGAUGGGACAGAGAACAAAGAAAACAACAAGUCACCUAGUGAAAUGAAGUUUGAGAGCAAAAAGAAAGAAAGAAGAAAAGACAAGAAGAAAGAGGAAGUCGAAACUAGCGACGAGGAGAUGGUCAAUGCACAAGACGCGAGCGGUGGCGGUGGAGGCGGCGGCGCAGCGGGGGCGGGCGCGGGCGGAGGAGGCGCGCACCCGUGCGCCGUGUGCCAGGCGCUGCUGGAGCAGUUCCUUCAGUCGCGACCACUGCUGCGCGCGCACGCCGCUCAGUACGGUUUGCGCGAGGACCAGGUGCCCGCGGGCGCGCGCGUGUGCAACACAUGUCGCUGCAAGGCGGUGCGCUCGCGGUACACGCAGUGCCCGCUGCCAGCUUGUCCCAACGGCAAGGGCCGUGUCAAGCGGCUGCGCUCGCUGCCCGCGCGCUGGGCGGAGCUGCCCGCCGAAGUGCGAGACCCCAUCCAGAGAGAGUUCCAAAUUCCACCAGGAGUGAACAAAUGUUGUUCAGUGUGUUUCAAUCGAAUUUCAAGACAGCUGGCUCCGCAUGUCCCAGAUGGUUUGUGUGAUGAGGUGGAUGGCAACAGUGGUGCAAACCAGAUUCGAUGGACAGAUGAAGAAAUAGAGGCACUUAAACGUGCACUGUGUGAACAUGGAACCAACUGGAUCAAAGUGGCUGAGAGAGUUGGCUCAUCACGUUCGCACCACCAGUGCAAGAAUUACUAUUUCAAUUACCGCAAAAAGCUGGGUCUUGACUUGCUUGUGCAAGAAUAUAAGAAAACCCACCUUGGAGAGGAAAGAAAACCUACUGUCACAGAUGAGGAAGAAUCUGGUUCCAGUACUUCUUCAUGUGAUGAAAGACUCCCGCUGGACAACAGUGACACUGAUAGUGCCCCUUCACCAUCCUCCUCAGCUAUCCAUGACACAUCAGAAAAACCUAUGGCCUCCUCCUCAGAGGGAAGUGUAGUAAAGUUACCUGAUCAUGAGCCAGCUGCUGUUGUCAAUGGUACAGGUGUCUGUGUCGCAAUGCCACCAUCAGGUUCUGAUUCUCGACCCCAAGGACAGCAAGCUGAUUAUGAUAGCUCUGCUACAGAAACAGCUGAUGAAGGUCAAGGGGGUGCUGAUGGUGAUACUUCAGUGGCUUCACGCCAGUCUCCUGGCAAGAACUCCCUCUAUCCCCCUGCAACCUGUACUAUAGCCACUCCAAUCAGUCAAGCCCAAUCUGUGGAGUUAAAUGGUCCUGUUGGAACUUCCUUAAGAGAAACAGCCUCUCCGUCCAAUGUUCGUUCUGUGAAGGAUCUCAUGUUGGGUGUCAUUGAGAUGAGUCUCAAAAAGACUCCAGGAGGUGGCACCUCAUCUGUAGUUGAGAACCCUUCUGUGGCUCCGACUAUAAAAUCCAUUUUAAAAUCAAAUAGUCAAUCAGAUGUGGGUUAUGUCCCUCGAGACUUUCGGCCAGAUACAAAGCGGCAGUCAUUAUCUGUGACUCAGGACACAAGUGGUUUGGCAACUUUGUCAGUUGUCAAUUCACAUGCUAGUCCUAGCAGUCAGCACCAUCACCUUCAGCCACCUCCAUUACCACAUGUACCACAGAUGCAAGCCACUAUAACACCGUGUCCUGUUCCUCCACCUGAAUUGCCAAAGGAAGGACUUGUGGUUGUACAGGUGCAGCAGGCAAUGAGAGAGAACCGUGAGCCUGAGCCUGAAACCCUUGACUUAUCUAUCAAGAAGCCACGUGAAUGCAGCCCAGCUCCGAGCCCAGCACAUAUUACGCAUGGACACUCUGCACGUGAUUCACCUUCUGGUCUUGGAGUCUCUCCCCAUACCACUUUGCACACCGUCCCACCUCCCGCCCAUUCAAAAGUCCACCAUUCACAUGCUGGGCACCAACCGCCAGUGCCUCCUGCCACUCUGACGGCAGUCUAUCGAACAGAGUCAGGACCUGCGAAUUAUUAUUCUCAGCAGGUUGUAGUGUCUUCGGAACAGUUGCGCCCUGUAUCUAAAGGACCUGUGUAUCUACAGCAGCAUACAGAUAAUCGUAGUGGUCCAACUGGUCCUACUCCCCACCUUGUUCUAAAUCAGCAAACAUCAGUGACAAGAACACAGCCUUCAAUGCAACCUGCGAAAGUGACGAAGGUCCCUGCACCCCCAAUGCCAUCAUCAAAACUGUCUCCAAAGCUUCCACCAGUGGGGAGUAAAGCUGGUUCCAUCACUCAUGGUACACCAGUCUCCACCACACCAAUGGUGAUUGGUGGGAAUAUUCAUCAGCAGCCGCAGGUGCGCAUCGAUGGACUGCUGCGCCAGAUGACCCCUCCCACACAACCUUCUAAGGAGCUUACUGCGGGAUCCAUAACUCAGGGAACACCUGUACAUGCUUCCCCUCAUCAUCUGGGUGCUGACAAACGGUCUGAUCGCUCUGGAUCCCUCACUCCAUCUAGUUACAACUAUUAUAAGAGAGUGUCUCCAGCUUCUGGCCAAAACACCAAUAGUUCAAAUCCAAGCCCCGCUCCUUCAGGGUACAGUGUUUAUUCUCAUGAAAGCUCUCUGCCACAAACCUCUACCCCCAGUGGAUUUAGUUAUACCCAUCCAGUGUCCAGAGGGGCACCAACAUUGGAUGCACAGAUCCGGAGAGAGAUAAUCAUUAAUGACUACAUAACAUCACAACAAAUGCAGGGUUUGAGGAGAGGGUCUGGUUCCACUUCCUCAUCUGAGAAAGGAAGCUCUCAGCAAGAUGCUCCUUCACCACGAGCAGUGUCUUCUUCCCCACAUUAUUACCCUUCAAAUGCAAGUCAGUCUUCAUAUUUAGCUGCUGAUUCUCGGUUGUCAAGACCACCUUCUAAUAACCCUGCCACUGAACAACCUCCCACCCCACCUCACCAUACCCCAACCCCUCCAACGAGGCAAGGGGUUAUCCAACGACACAAUACUGCUGUUCCUCAGGUAUCUCAAUCUCGCCCACCUAGUAGUGGUAGUAUAAAUUCGGGCAGCUCAGCAGGCAAGCCUCCAUCACCUGCACCAUCUCCACAUCAGCGUUUGCACCACAUUCCAUCUCAUGCACACCACUACCACCAGCCUCCUCCUGGUCACGAAGCUUUCUCUUCUCUAGUAGAUGUUGCAGUCCAACAACCCAGUCUACCAGUACCUGCUGACAAACGACAGCCUCCUCCAUCAUCCCAGAGAUAUCCUUCUCAUCCUUCACAUGCCCAUGAGGGUCUUGGCAAGACAAUUAUGGACUCAAUGAGUCCAAGAGUUUUGGCAGAGCAUCAUGAACAGGAGAGGUAUGCUCGUGAGAGGGAUGCUCAAGCACAUCAUCAAGCUGAGCAGCAUCGAUAUUUAAGUCUCAGAGAUCGUGACGACCAGAGGUUUGCGUCACCAAGUCCGGCUCGAGAUCCUCAUCAGGAAAUGAGGCAGGACCGGUAUGGUCAAGUAAUGCGAGAUGAGAGGGAGAGGCUUGUACAUAUUCAACAACAGCAGCAGCAGCAACAGCAGCAGCAACAGCAGCAGCAGCAGCAGCAGCAACACCAGCAGCAGCAGCAUCAAUUACAACAGCAACAGUUGCACCAACACCAGCAACAACAGUCGCAUCAACAGCAUCAGCAGCAUCAUCAUCAUCAGCAGCAACAACAGCAACACCAGCAACAACAAAUGUUGCGGCAAGUGAGAAUGGCACCAGAGUUUGAUCAUCGACAAGCAUCUAAUCGCCUGCACCCCAGUUCUGCCUAUUCCCGUGAACAUAAUCGUGCUGCUGACAUGGAACGGCCCUCAGAAGGAACUCGUAUGGUUAUUGGAAGUUUUUCACGGGAAUUAGGUCCAGGGCGUCAUCAUCCAACAACCAUGCAGCAGCAACAGCAGCAGCAACAACAGCAACAACACCAGCAACACCAACAGCAGCAACACCAGCAGCAGCAGCAGCAACACCAGCAGCAGCAGCAACACCAGCAGCAGCAGCAGCAGCAACACCAGCAGCAGCAGCAGCAACAGCAACAGCACCAGCAGCAGCACCAGCACCAGCAGCAACAGCAACACCAGCAGCAACAGCAACAACAACAACAACAACAACAACAGCAGCAGCAACAACAACAGUUGCAGCAACAAACUCAACAGCAUCAGCAAAGUCAUGUUAUUGACACUUCUCGGGAAAGGGAGGGAAGAGGUCCUCCAACAACAGGUGGUCGCCCCCAAACUGGAGAUUCUCUCACAAUGACAACAGCAAGUCUAAUUGAUGCUCUGGUGACUCAUUCCAUCAAUCAGUGUUCAGAACCAGGGAGUAAUGGUUUAGGAGGUGGAGGAUCCCAAGUCCCAACUCGGCCUGGCGACAGACUUUUCCAGGGAUUUCAUCAGCCUCCUUCUUCACAGUCUCAAUCGCAGGCACAGUCACAAUCACAAACACAAUCUCAACCCCAGUCUCAGUCUCAGCCACCUUCUCAACCAAUGCUUGUUGUAUCGGAAGCAAAUGGGAAGACAUCACCUAUGAAAGGGACUCAUAGUCCCACAGUGCAUUUGGAGCAUGGCAAAGCAUCCUCACAGCCACAAGAAAAUCAAGUGACUGGAAAUUCCAAAACUACAUUCACUCUUGGGGAGCAUAUUCAUUCUACUAUCAAUAAAGAAUAUGGGAGCAGUGCUGCUGGAUCCACGGGCAGUACUUAUGUGCAGAUGCCAACACACCACAGAAAUGUAUACCCACAUGUGCCAUAUGUUCAUAUGGCACCUCCUCCUGUGUCUUCACCAGCAGAUGAUCCUCGCCUCCGCCACGCUCUUCAACAACAGGAGAGAGAGAGGGAACGCGAAAGGGAGCGGGAAAGGGAUAAAUCUCGUGCAGGCACUCCCUUACAGUCUGAUGAAAGGCAAAUCAUAAGGAUAGCUCAGCCAGCUUCCCCGCGAGGAGGUAAUCCUCAGCAGGGAUCAAAGGGUUCUUCAGGCCCGGGAUAUCAUGUGGAGCCAGUAUCCCCUCCUGAAGCAGGCCCUGGGAACCAUCUGUGGUUGCCUCCUGGUAGCAGUUCAGGAGGAAUGCUUGGUACACCUGUGACAGCGCCUUCUGACCUGGCAUUUCUUGGCCUGACUAGAAGAGCAAGUGCACUCUCUGCAUUAGAUUAUGUUAAUAAUAAAAUUGUUGAGGUUAUGAGAACUUCGGAAGAUGAAAAACCCGCUUUUCCAGGCAACAUGCCCCAACAAAGGCACCAUCAAUCUUCAGCUCAACAUUAUUCAGUAGGGAAACCUCGGGAAGUACCUAGCAGCUUUGAAGAUAAACAGUCAUAUUCUUCCGAUCAUGGUGAUCCUCAGCAGGGUUCUGAGGAUGGGAAUGUGCGGUUAAGGACUGGAGAUAGUGAAAAUUCAGUGAAAGACAAAGAGCGAGCGUGUGAUAGUCCUGGUGAGAUGGUGAUCGAUGAAAGUGCGCAGUCCCAGGGGCAGCAGAGUGGAGAUAGUGGUGGAACUGCAGGUCCAGGGAAGCUGGAGCCUUCUGCUGUGACCAGCAAGGUGCCUUCCCCUAACGUUAACACUGUUUCAGUUGCCAGUAACUUGGACGUUGUGGGUGGGCGUGUGGGGGGUUCAGGAUUUCCUCAUGCAUCGUCUCCAGCCUCUAAGACAAUGGUCCUGCCACCUGCAGCUGAAUUUGUGCCCACUUCUACUACAUUCUCAUACCCCUUCUCAGCCCUGAAUGUUUUGCAUUCUCCAAACCCCAGUGGACAGCCUUCAACUGGUCAACCUCCUGUGAGUCAGUCAGUCAGCCAGAGUGGUGGGUCAUCUGCAGGCAAAAACCCACAGUUGUCUGUCUCCCAGGGCUCGGCUGCUACAAGCUCUCCUGCAGAUAUUUCAUCUCGAUCAUCUGAACCUGUACCUUUACUGUCAGACCAAUAUGAACCAUUAUCUGAUGAGGACUGAGCCUUGUGUAGUGAUCAGUGUGACAAUUGACAGGAACACAACACUAAGCUACUUUUCAUAGUCUUUGUUAAGAGAAGUUCAAUAUGCUUAGUCGGAAUUACCUGUACAAAAAAUGGUGUUGGAGGAUAUAAAUAAUUAUGAGAAACUUGUUAAGAUGGAUAAGUGGAGAGAUCACUGGUGCAAAGUUCUUAAUGUAUAAAGGAAGUUUUUGUCAGGCAUAUAUACUGCUAAUUGAAAGUGCAACUGUGGAUGGAGAAACUAAUCACACACAUGGCUGUACUGUUCAUAGAAGUUCUCCAUCUAGGUUGUUUUAUGAGUUGCCGGCGAUUGGCAGAGAGAUUGUGAAGCCCUUGUGAUGCUUAAAAGCAUUGCAUUUUUCUUUUGUGUUAAGAUCUACUGUAUUUACCGAAAGAGCUCAUUUUAGAUACCAAUAAUAUUUUUUAUGUUGUAAAUAGUUUUAACUGGUACGUUCUUUCCUUUUUAUUUUAUUUUAUUUUAUUUUUUUUUUGUUGUUGUUUAGUUUUCUCUCUCUCUCUCCUAUUCUAAACUAUGACAAAUGUGAUGGAAAGCUUUGUAAUAAUUGUAAAAUGUUUCGUUCAACUGAACUAUGUUGGUAAUGAUAACCUCCAGAAAACCCAGUUGAUGUUCCAGAACUUCAAGAUGAACAACCAGUUGUUUUAUAUAGUGGUGACAAGAACUCAAAACACUAUUUUUAUGUUCAUGGAGUGAUAUGUGAAGAAAUUGUAUAUCAUGGGUUACGAGUGAAUGGUUCUUCAUUUUGUUUGUUUCUAAAUGUUCUUUGCAAGAUUGGUGGUAUUGGGAUUACACGCUUUCUUUAGGUCGAAUGCAUUCAACAGCUGCAAAAGAAUGCAUUCUGUGUAAAUCUUAGCUGUUUUCUUUAAUGGUGGAAUAUUUUGAUUGUUUAGUUGCAGUAGGGUCAUAAUUCUGAUUGUCAUUGUUUUAUAUUUUUGAAACUUCUGGCUUAAACAAUAACUACAUACCUUUGGUUGUUCUCUAGUAAUUUUUAAAAAAGAGGGUGACUUGAAAAGAAUUUUCCGAAAAUAAAAGAAUCACAUGAUUGGAAAGAUAUGUAUGAAGAAAGAUAAAUAAAAAAAAAAAAUGAUUAUAAGAGAAACUUGGGUUUUUGAAGAAUACUCAGGUCUAAUUGUGCUAUAAUUUACAAUGUAAUGUACCUACACUAUUCACUGAAAAUUAUGAACAUAAAGAGUUAAACACAAUGAUCAGUAAUUCGUGCUAACAUUUUCUUUCAUGCAUACGGUACUUCCCCAGCCUCCACACUUUGUUGACUAUUUUCUUUCUUU